AUGGAAGAGGAUGAAUUUGGAUUGUCUAAUAUUUCAUUAAUCGAAGAUGAAGUUAAAGAAAAAGUUAAUGUAAUUCCAAUUGUAGAUUAUACACCAAAAAUAGAUGAAAAAUUGUGGUUUAUGAAUAAAGGUCAAAAAAUAGAUAAUAAUAAUAAUAAUAAUAAUAAUAAAAAAAAAAAAAAUGAUAAAAUUAAAAAAAAUAGUAUUAAGAAUUGUCAGUUUAGAAUAGAUCAUUAUUAUUAUAAUAAAAAAUAUAUAGAAUGCAUUGAAGAGUUAAACUUUUUAAAAACUUUAGUAAAAUUAAAAAAGAAACAAGAUUAUAACGAUGAUAUUAUAGAUGUAGAGAUUAGAUGCAAUUUUAAAUUAAACAACUAUGAUAAUGUAAUCAGUUUAAUUAAAAAUGUAGAAACUACAUUAGCUUCAAAAAACAUUCCACAAUUUAAAGAUCAAAAUUUAUUACAUUUAUUAGCGCAAUCAUAUCAUUUUAAAGAAUUAUUUAAUGAAUCAAUUAAAGAAUAUCAUAGAUUAUUAACAGUGAAUCGUAGAAUUUGGGAAUGGUGGUUCAAUAUUUCAUUAGCUUAUUUAAAGAAACCAUUAAAUAUUUUUACAAAAGAAAAUUUAAAGAUUUCAUUAUAA